AUGCACCUUGCUCAAUUCUAUGGCCGCUGCUGGAUCUUCUGCGUCUCCUUCACCAUCUACCCCGCCUUUGGCUUCUUCUGCGCCUUUAAGUCCAAUUUCGCCGGGCUCUUAGUCGGCCGUUUCCUGUCUGGUACGGCCGUCAGUGCUGCCCUGGCGAAUACACCUGGCAUUCUUGCGGAUAUCUGGGGACCCGUCGAGCGUGGCAACGCCAUGACCCGAUUUGCCACAAGGACAUUCGUAGGGCCUGUGCUCUUGGGCCAGUUGAAAAAGAACAUUGCGUUGGACCUUCUACGUACUCGUUUGGAUGGCGGUGCUACCGAGUUUCUGCUCGUCACUCUUCUAGAGACCCUUCCCAUGAUAUUCCUGUGCAAGGCACGUCGCCUACGCAAGAUACCUGGCAAGGAGAGCGUCAAAGCUCCAGUCGAGGCAUCGGAUCGUUCCUUAGGAGGCAUCUUCAAAGUCGCCUCGACGAGACCUUCGAGACUUCUCAUCGACCUAAUCAGCUUCUUUGUCGCCAUCUACUACGCUGUCGUUUAUACACUGCUUAAUAUGCUCUUCAGCAUUUAUCCUAUCGUCUUCCAGCAGAAGCGUGAUUGGAACGCUAGAGGCACGCGCGCGUGA